AUGUCCUCUACCACUACCACACUCCCCAUGGACCCCACCAAAAUGGGCCUAGGUCGAUCAAUCGCUGUGCUGACUUCGGGAGGGGAUGCACAAGGCAUGAACGCUGCAGUGAGGGCCACAGUCAGAGUGGGUCUUUACACAGGAGCUAAAGUCUUCUUUGUACAUGAGGGUUACCAAGGCCUGGUGGACGGUGGGGACAAUAUCAAGCUGGCAACAUGGGAGAGUGUGUCAAUGAUGCUCCAGCUGGGUGGAACAGUGAUUGGCAGUGCUCGGUGUAAAGAUUUUCGCAGCAGAGAGGGACGCAUGACCGCAGCAUGUAAUCUGGUGAAACUGGGCAUCACUAACUUGUGUGUAAUUGGAGGAGAUGGCAGUUUGACUGGCGCCAAUGAGUUUAGGACUGAGUGGAGUGGCCUGCUGAAAGACUUGGUCAAAGCUGGUAAGAUCACAGAUACAGAGGCCAAAAGAUCAUCCCACCUGAACAUAGUGGGGAUGGUAGGCUCCAUUGAUAAUGACUUCUGUGGCACGGACAUGACUAUUGGCACCGACUCAGCCCUGCACCGAAUUAUUGAAGUGGUGGACGCCAUCACUACCACAGCACAGAGCCAUCAGAGGACAUUUAUUCUUGAAGUUAUGGGAAGACAUUGUGGAUACUUGGCCCUGGUCACAGCUCUGGCUUGUGGUGCAGACUGGGUUUUUAUCCCUGAAAUGCCUCCAGAUGAGGGCUGGGAAGACCAUCUCUGCCGGAGACUGACAGAUCAAAGAUCCAGAGGAUCCCGUCUGAACGUCAUCAUUAUGGCAGAAGGGGCCAUCACUCGGGAAGGUAAACCAAUCACUUCUGAUCAGAUCAAAAAGCUUGUGACAGACAGGCUAGGCUUUGACACUCGUACCACAAUACUGGGACAUGUGCAGAGAGGCGGCACACCAUCUGCAUUUGACCGAAUUCUUGGCAGUAGGAUGGGUGUGGAGGCGGUAAUGGCUCUGCUGGAGGCCACUCCUGACACUCCGGCUUGUGUGGUCAGUUUGUCGGGUAAUCAGGCUGUCAGAUUACCCCUAAUGGAGUGUGUGCAAGUGACAAAAGAUGUAACUGCAGCAAUGGCUGAAGGAAGAUUUGAGGAUGCCAUCAAACUUAGGGGAAAGAGUUUUGUGAAUAACUGGAACACGUACAAGCUCCUGGCUCACAUAAAUCCUCCAGAUGUGAAGAGCAAUAUCAAUGUGGCCAUUCUGAAUAUUGGGGCUCCCUGUGCCGGGAUGAAUGCUGCGGUGCGUGCAGCGGUCAGGAUGGGAAUAAUCCAGGGACACAGUAUGCUGGCUGUUCAUGAUGGCUUUGAUGGGCUAGCUCAAGGCCAGAUUGAGCCCAUUGGGUGGACUGGAGUGACUGGGUGGACGGGAAAAGGAGGAUCAAUGUUGGGUACCAAAAGGACUCUCCCAGGAAAACAACUCAAUGAAAUUAGUCAGAAUAUAGCAAAAUUCAACAUCCAUGCUCUAGUAAUCAUUGGAGGCUUCGAGGCUUACGUUGGAGGUCUGGAACUGGUUCAGGCCAGAGAGCGAUAUGAGGAGUUGUGCAUUCCCAUGGUGGUGAUUCCUGCCACUGUCUCCAACAAUGUCCCAGGAUCUGAUUUCAGUAUUGGUGCAGACACAGCCCUCAACACAAUCACAUCAACGUGUGACAGGAUAAAGCAGUCUGCAGCCGGGACCAAACGUCGAGUGUUUAUUGUGGAGACUAUGGGAGGUUACUGUGGAUACUUGGCCACAAUGGCGGGUCUUGCAGCUGGGGCUGAUGCUGCUUACAUAUAUGAAGAGAAAUUCAGUAUUAAAGACCUUGAGAUGAAUGUGAUUCAUCUUAUUGAGAAGAUGAAAACCACUGUUAAGAGAGGAUUGAUUCUACGAAAUGAAAAUUGCAACUCCAACUACACCACUGACUUUAUUUUCAACCUAUAUUCAGAAGAGGGAAAAGGCACUUUUGACUGCCGUAAAAAUGUCCUAGGACAUAUGCAACAGGGUGGUACUCCAACCCCGUUUGACAGAAACUUUGGGACAAAAAUGGGGGCCAAGACCGUCCUGUGGCUAACUGAUAAACUGAAGGAGUGCUACAGACACGGUCGAAUCUUUGCCAACACACCCGAUUCUGUGUGUGUACUUGGGAUGAAGAAAAGGGCACUGACCUUUCAGCCACUUUCUGAACUUAAAGCAGACACAGAUUUUGAGCACCGCAUUCCUAAGGCACAGUGGUGGCUUAAGAUAAGGCCUAUAAUGAAGAUCCUUGCUAAGUACGACAUAAAGCUGGACACAUCUGAACAUGCAGACAUGGAGCAUGUGAUCAAGAAGGGAGGGCAUCCUGCGCUACUGGCUAAUCCAGUCCAGCGGGAGAAAUCCUGCCUGCUCGAACACACCCGGUGUCCAACGGAGGUGGAGGCAACAGGGGCCGGGAGAACAGACGGGGUGGAAGUGAGUCAGGGACGGCCGAUGAGUUCAGAGCAGGGCCGAGAGCCGCCGCUGCUGCAGGAGGAGGCUGACCCGGGACCACAGACCGGUGAGAAGGACGCGGCUCCGCUGCGGAGCGAGGCGGGCUCUGGCGGCAUGGUCACCUCCAAAGGCACUGGUCUGAAUCCAAAUGCCAAGGUGUGGCAGGAGAUGCCUGCAGCCCCAAGUGAAGCUGUCAGUAACAGCUCCCAAUGGUCUCCAACAGACAUAAGUGAUGGUUACUCUAAUCCAAAUUCUGACGGAUGCAAAACGUACACUGUUGGAUUCACAGACCUUGAUGUUGAUGGCUCCACUGCAACAGCUGAGAUAGCAGUCAAUGGAAUUGACCCUCCAGAGCUGGACAGUUCCCCUGCUGAGUCCAGUCCAGGGACCGAAGACUCCAAGAUUGUGGAGCCAUUGUCAACAGAGUGUCUUCGAGAGUCAUUGAAGAAGGAGCUUGAGUUUUAUUUUUCCCGUGAAAAUCUGUCAAAGGAUUUGUAUCUGAUGUCUCAGAUGGAUAGCGACCAGUUUGUUCCUAUUUGGACUAUUGCAAGUAUGGAGGGCAUCAAGGUCCUUACUACAGACUUGGAUAUCAUUUUAGAUGUGCUGAGAUCUUCCCCAAUGGUUCAAGUUGAUGAGAAAGGGGAAAAGGUGCGACCUAAUCAUAAAAGAUGCAUUAUAAUUCUGAGAGAAGUUCCGGAAACUACCCCUGUUGAGGAAGUGGAGUUGUUGUUCAAGAAUGAAAAUUGUCCAAAGGUGAUCAGUGUGGAGUUUGCACAUAAUAAUAAUUGGUACAUCACAUUCCAAUCAGACACUGAUGCUCAACAGGCUUACAAAUACUUAAGAGAAGAAGUUAAAACAUUUCAGGGAAAACCCAUUAUGGCCAGGAUAAAGGCCAUCAAUACAUUCUUUGCUAAGAAUGGCUACCGUAGCGUGGACAGCAGCCUAUAUACCCAGCAGCCGCAAAGCCAAUCUCAAUUCAACACUCCGCUCUACAUGCCGCAUGUCUAUCCUCAGCAACAGUACCCAGUGGCAUAUGGGAUUGUGCCUCCCUCUUGGACGCAGUCACCCACGCCUUACUUCGAAACUCCUUUGGCACCUUUUCCAAACAGCACGUUUGUAAAUGGGUUUGGUUCUGGGGGUCAUUACAAAACCACUUCUAGCUCCAUGAAUAUUGCUCGUCCUUUCAACAGAAAUCGUGUCCCCCUCUAUUCAAGAAAGAAUGUAAUAAAUGCCUUCAGAAACCAUGUGAAGCCGCAGGUGAGGUCCAACGACUCGACUUCCUCAGUUACCCCAGUCCCUCUGGAGAGUUUGACAGGACUGCGCAGCCCACAGCCUCAGAUCCCAGUUUCAGCAACUAGCUCCACGCCCCUUCCCACGGCUGCAGACUUGAGUGUCGCCUUCUCCCAUCUGUCCUCACUAGACCCGAAUGAUGAUGGCAGCAUUGCUGGGCGUGGGAGACGUGGUAACACUUACAGAGGAACGCGGCGAAGAAGAGAUGAUGAUCGCCUUGCGAGACCUGUGCCGUUAGCAGAGGUGAAGGUUUCACCACCCAAGUUUGACUUGGCUGCUUCAAACUUCCCCCCACUUCCUGGUUGCGUGGUAAGCACACAGGGGGAACCCGUACUUGAAAAUCGGAUGGCAGAUGUUGUACGCGGUUUAUACAAGGAUAAGACGGAACAGGUUGUUAAAGAAACUCCUGUGAGUACAAGUUUUGUCCUGUCAACAGUCACUGAGGAAUCUUUGACUAUUUUGAGCCCAAGCAUUAUUACUGGAAAACCCUUGAAACAGCCACUUGGAUCUAUAGCUCCUAGUGCCCCUCGUCAGGAGAAGAGGAUUGAAAGGGCAGAGGCUCCAUCUCCUAAAGUCGCUCCUCGAGUUCCAGUCACCCCAGUCGACCACACCUCCACACAGUCAGUGCCUAACAGGCCCCAGCCCUCUGCUGUGGCUGCCUCCACAGCACAGAGGCCGCCGGCCGCUGCUACAGCCACUGUGGCUUCACCCGCACAGGAACCCCGCAAGCUCAGUUAUGCUGAAGUUUGUCAGCGCCCUCCUAAGGACCCUCCUCCUGCCUCUGCUCCUGCACCCCCUGGCUCGUCAACAGGGCAGCCUCUGCGUGAGCUGCGGGUCAACAAAUCUGAGGAGGGCUCCAACUGCUGUUCUGCAGAAAAAAUAGAGAAAGGCCACGAUGGAGAGGGAGGCUGGGAAUGCAAAGAGAGUCGCUCAACCCGGGACCGUGACUCACAAGGCCACUAUCGCAGUAACGGCCCCAGAGGUCCUGGUGGGCUCAAGUUUCGGGAUCAGAGGCGUGCUCCUCAGGCUCGACGCAGCUCACCACAGGGAAACUACAGGCACACUGGCAAAGAACAGAAUAUACCCCCAGUAUCGCCAAAGUAA